GCGGAGGCGGGGAGCUGGCUGGGCCGCUGACCGGCGGCGGGCGCUGCCGGGCCCUCCCCCCUCCCCGGCCGCUGACCGAGCGGGAGGUCUGCCCGAAAUAAGGGCCCCGAUGGCCGGCGAGCAAGGAGGGAGCUCGGGCUCGUCUCCCGCUGCGACGCCGAUAGCUGGCGCGGCGGGGGAGGAGGACGGCGGCUACGACAGCAAGUGCAUUUUCUGCCGAAUCACUCACGGGGAGGAGACGGGCACUGAGCUGCUGCCCUGCGAGCAUGAAGAUUUGGUAUGCUUCCGAGAUAUCAGACCAGGAGCUCCUCAUCAUUAUUUAGUGGUACCAAAGAACCACAUUGGAAAUUGCAAGACUCUUAAGAGUGAGCAUAUAUCAUUAGUGGAAAGAAUGAUGGCAGCUGGAAAAGCUAUUCUUCAGCGGAGUAAGUGCACUGACUUGGAUGAUAUAAGGAUGGGCUUUCACUGGCCUCCAUUCUGCUCUAUAUCUCACUUGCACCUUCAUGUCCUGGCUCCAGCUAGUCAAUUGGGAUUCUUGUCCCGAAUGAUAUACCGAAUCAAUUCCUACUGGUUUAUCACAGCUGAGCAGCUGAUGGAACGGCUGAGGGCUGAAAGCACUACAAGUUGAGAGAAGCCUGCUCUAAAAUGUACCAUUUUUCUGACCUUUGAGCACUGAUUAGAGGGUUGGAUGUAGUUGAUAACAUGCUAGACUUUUUAAAAUAACUACUUUGCUGCUAUAUAGUGUUUGAACUAGUUGUUAGCAAACACUGUACAUUAAAUUUCUCAGGCAAAUAUCUGAACGCAACAACGUAUAAGAUCACAAGCACCUAUCUGUUCCAAUGCAAAUAACCCCUGAAACUUAUGAGAGAUGCCACUGAAAUUUAAUAACUGUAUAUGACUUUGACUGUUUUUGUCUUAAUGCAAGGUUUGUGCCUAUACAAUACAUUCCCAAUCUUUUUAGUAUUGUCUUGGUGCUAUAUUGUAUCACUCAAGUGUACAUGAUUACAGGCACAGAGUGGCUAACAAGCCAUUGUCCAGAGUAUGACAUAUCUGUACUUUCAGUGUGAGACAUUGAACUAGAGUAAGAGUGUGUGCUUGAAUGUGAACAGUUUUAAAUAAUCUUCGGUAUCUAAAUGCAUGUAUUAAAGUAGUUAGGGAGUAACAGAACAGUUUAAAAUAAUGCAAUAGUUUUUUUUGACGUAGGGUCUAGCAUAAAAUAUCAAAUUACCCAAUAUGGGUCUUGGAUUAAAAUUUAUAGUUUAAUCAUCAAGGAGGAGGAAAUCGUAGAUUCUGUCCAACUUGGCAUGAAAUGACUUUCACAACCUUACUUUUUAAAUUAUAUAUGCAGGCAUUCACACAGUUCUCUUACAGCAAAAUGAUUUCAAGCAAGCACUUACUGACAUUGUGUUUUAGCAUGCAGUAGACUAGUGCUCAGAGUAUGCCAAAAGAAACCCAUGUUCUAUUCUUAAUUUUAAACCUGAAUUCUAGUUAUUCAAAAUUUAGCAUGUAUUUAUUUUAAUAUGACUUCUAUCUGCUUGUAAAAGUUAUUGAAAAAAGACUCAUUCCAUUUAGCAUUAAGGGUAUGGGAAAACCUGUCUUUUAAUCAUGUUCAAAUGUUAAUGUGUUCAAAUAUAAAGAGACUGCUGAUAAUUUAUGUGAUGGAACUGUGAAACAUACUAUAGGUUAAUAGUGUUAUGAAAAGGAAACCUUUAAUAAAAUUGUUACCCAUAGA